GAAGUCAAAAAGCCAAAACACCAGCAAAAUGUUCAAACUGAUCGCUUUCAUCUCUGCCCUGUGCGCCGUGGCCAAUGCCGGAGUGAUCUCGCCCUACAGCCAUGGCUAUGGACUGGGCUAUGGAGCUGCCCUGGCUCCUGCCUAUGCUCCCGCCGUGAUCUCGCACGCCCCGAUCAUCAAGAGCUACGCCGCCCCCAUUGUGGCCCACCCGGUGGCCACCUCCUAUGCCAACACCUACAAGGUGGCCACCAAGGCCUACCCGGUGGUCAAUGCCGCUCCCCUGGUGCACGCCGCUCCCCUCGUCCACGCCGUUCCCGCCGUGCAUUCCACCUCCACCUACCACGGCUCCUACGGCGGCUACGGCAGCUACGGACUGGGCUACUCCGGCUACGGACAUGGAGCCUAUCUGCACUAAGGAUCUGGCUGAGUUAUACGAUACCAGGCCCCGUUGACGAACCCCCGAAGUGAGAUAUUCCAGCCGAUAAUUCGCAUUUUGCUGCCGUCAAAGUGUUGAACUUGCAUUUCGUAGUCAGAGGCAGAGAAAAUAUAUCGGGUCAAUCCCCAAAUUGUGUACAAAAACACCCCUCGAAAACCCAGAAGACCACUUGGAGACGGAGACACUUAGAGAAAUAAGGAUAACUAACGGAAGGCGGCGAGAGAGCGAGAGAGAUUGAAUUCGAAAGAAGGAUCAAGUUUCGUUGAUUUGGUUACAACGGUGCAACUCAAUGCACCAAGGCUUCAGCACUUUCUGUAAAUAAACGAUAAAUGACUCUAAAAA